CGACAAUUCAACAGAAACAAAAUGUUUCAUUCAAUAAAUAUGAAAUGAGAAAGAAAAAAAAAAUUAGUACAUCCAUUGCUUAUCCCGUGAAACUGUCACAAAAAUCACACUGAUAUAGUUACUCCAUCUAUCUAUCCAUUAUUAUAUAUAUCUCUACUUAAAACACACACAUCACUACACACUAACUAUAAUUUUUACCCUUUUGUUUCAAGAAAGUUCUCAAUUCAUGGCUCCUACUACUACUACUAUUACUAUGAUCAAGUUACUUGCAUUUGUGUAUGUGAUAAUUGUCUUGCUUGAAAAUUCACAUGUUGUGAGUUCAACAACUAUUGAGCCAACAAUUUCAGCUUCUCCAGGUGUUUUACCUUAUGUGACUAAUUCUCCAGAUAUUUCAUCAUUUUUUCCUGCUCCAAUGAUUUCCUCUGAAGGUCCUUCUGAGGCAGAGGCACCAGCACCAGCACCAAGUUCUGGAGAAUUUUCUUCUACUUCAACUAGUUUCGAUUUCAAUUGUGUAGCUGCAAUUUUUGGUAUUAUGCUCUCUAGUGUCUUCCUAAGUAUAGCAUAGGUAUUCUUUUAUAUUUGUCAAAUCAAGUAUUUGUCUUAAGAAAGUUGAGGUUGUCAUUUUCACUCGUGCUAAAUCCUAAUGUUUUUCCUUUCAUUUAUGUUCAGUCAAUUAUUUUGUUGAUUUGGUUUAAUAUAUAUUUUCUAUACACCAUUCAUAAUCA